AUGGAACCUGUCAUCGAACUUGUCUAUGAAGGUCUGUACAUGCUGCGCGUUGAGCUCAGCUUCCUGGCUGUCUUUGCCUUCCUUUGGCUGGCGGGUCAUUUCUUGGUUGCCAAGAACGACCAGGUGAAGAGCCGCAAGACGGGCCCUACGGGUUCCACAGGCCGCCGUGCCACACGACGCGUGGAUGAGAGCCUGACUCCCUCCACGGUGGAACCUGAGAAGCUUCAGGAUCCUCAGUGGGUCGUGGCGCAGGUGUCUGCUUUGUGCCGCUCGCAAGUGCAACGUGCCCUGGAACUGUACCGAGUUGCAGUGCGAGCGGGCUUGAAUAUCAAGGACAUGCCAGCAAACGACUGCCAGCAGCUCUAUUCCAAUCUGGUGACGGCUGUCAUCCGCGUGGGGCAGGCUGAUGAUGCGCUGAGCCUCAUGAAGGACCUGCGCCGUUUUCAGCACGUGGAGGCUGCCUUGUUGGCGUCUGCGACGAAGCUAUGCACCUCAAAACAGCUCUUUGCUGACUGCUUGAGCAUCUAUGACUUCACAUCCCAAGAUCCUGCACUUGAAAUUCAGGACAAGAGUGUGUGGAGUUGCCUACUCUUCUGUGCUGUGGAGACGAAGGGCUAUCAUCGCUGUACGUUCUUCUUUGAACAGCUCAAAGCCAAUGGGUCUCCAUCGCCGAAGGACUUUGGCAAUAUGGUUCGCUAUGCAUCCAGCACCAGUAACUGGCGAUUGGCCCUCAGUCUGAUCGAUGAGAUGCACAAGGCUCAAGUGGAGGUGGACAGCGUGGUGUACAACAGAGUGUUGGCAGCUUGCGUGAGUGCCGAACAGCUCGACCAGGCCCGGAAGCUCUUGGACCAAAUGGUUGCAGCUGGAGGAGUCACAGAUGUCAUCACAUAUAACACACUGGCCAAGGGCUACGCCAAAGCUGGUCGUAUGGACACAUGCUUUGAACUGUAUGAGCUCAUGCGAUCUCGUGGGCUCAGCCCAUCGCAAGUGACCUAUGGAAUCCUCUUGGAUGGCUUUAUCAACGACAACGAGGUUGAGAAAGCAGUGGCGAUUUUCAAUACGAUGCGUGCUGAGGGCUGCCAGAUGAACACAGUGCUAUAUACGACCCUCAUCAAGGGCUUUGCCCGAGCAGGUCAAGUUGAUCAGGCCGUUCAGAUCUAUGAGGAGAUGCGGAAGGAGAGAUCUAUGCAGCCAGAUGUCAUCACAUUCUCGAUCCUUAUCAAGGCAAACUGCGACGUUGGCAGGCUUGAAGAAGCCUUGAAGAUGCUGCUUGCCAUGAAAGAGGCUGGUCUCAAGCCUGACGAGGUGGUUUUCAAUAACCUCUUGGGUGGCUGCAUCAAUGACUGCAAGCUUGAGUUGGCCAAGGACUUGUACAAGGAAAUGAUCGCUUCAAAUGUGAAGCCUUCGGUGGCCACAUUCUCAAUUCUCAUCCGUCUCUAUGCUCAAUGUAAGCGCUGGGAUGAAGCACUGGACUUGCUACGUCAGGAGCUGCCUGCACAGAAGGUCUCCCCGGAGCCGCGGCUUUAUGGCCAACUCGCUCAGUGCUGUCUGCGUGAUCGCCAGGGACGUCGUGCUACAGAGGUCUACAAAUUGUUGACAGAGACCUCUACGCCGACUGCUGCGAUGAACAGUACUCUGCUGGGGAUGUGUGCCAAGCUGAACAUGCUGGACACAGGUGCCGACAUCAUGCACUUGGCUGCUGAAGCCAACUCGCGUGUCGAUCCCCGCGAUGCCGCCAUGAUGCUGGAGGCUGCUUUGCGGAAGAAGAAGCCUCAGGUCAUGGGUCUCCUCAAGGAAGCCAUGGUGAAGCUGAACCUGCCGGUGCAUGUUCUUCUGCCGCAGGUCAAUGCAGACUACCUGGGCAGCGGUGCCAUCUUUACAACGCCUACCAAAGCCAGUCAGGCGAAGGGGAUGGAGCAUUUGCCACUCUUGCGGAAGCAGGUUGCCAGCGAGGGACCCGUCCCGAUCGUCGCCAUUGGCGGUGUGGAUCUCUCAUCUGCAGCUGACUGUGUUCGCUCCGGUGCAGAUGGUGUGGCUGUGGUCCGUGGUAUACUGCAGAGCAGUGGGCCGGAAGAUUCAGAAGCCAAGGCCAAGGCCCUCCUUGCAGAGGUCCGUUCGGCGCUCGAAGACCGUGAGAACGAAAAAGUGCAGCGAGGAUUCCGAGGGACAAUCUCGACAAA